GCCAUCUGCUUAAACAAUGAAAUUGAGAAGCCAAAACUAUUAAGGAAACAUUCAUAAAUAAGGAAAGGUUCCAAAAUCAUUGAUUAAAAAAGAAGAAAACCUACCAGUGGGUCCAAUAUUAUUAGGAGUGUUCUUGUUUGUAGUGGUUGGAUCAGCCUUGUUUCAAAUACUCAAUGUAGCUUCAAGUGGAUAAGAUGUUUGAUAUAUAUUUAUUUGCUAUAUCAUUGUUUCAUUUAAACAAUACAGAAAUUACAAUCUAACGCAGC